GAUGAAAGGCGCUAUACAAAUGUAAUUUUGUUGUUGUUAUUCAUGUGUUCUCUUCCAUUUUACUUUUCUCAGCGCUCUUUAAACUAUUUCAUGUUCAGUACCUUCAUUCUUAAUGUGCAAAUGGCCAUUGUUGAACAGAUGUACUGGAUUUAUUGUACUUUUAAUUUCAGAGUUCGGCUGUCAUAUGCUCGGUUUGCAGAGACUCAAAUGCCGAAGUCCACUGUGACUUGUGGAAACAAUGUUCAAGCAUUCCUGCAGUCAAGCAUGUGAUUGAUGAGGACGUAUUCUUGGAAGGCGUUUUGUUGGAGGAAGGAGCUUCAAAAGUCUUAGACAAAGCCCAGAAUGGACAAUUAUUUCAAAGCAGCAGUCUGUGACUUGGACAAAUUACUCGAUGAUUUUGAGCAAAAUCCAGAUGAAAAUGAUUUCUGUAAGACAAAUGCAGGAGGGCGUAUAUCUUUGGACUGUUCAUCUCUUCAUUCAACUUCCAAAACCCUUACAGACCUUUCAGAAGCCACUGCACAGCCAACAAUCAGCGUCCACUCCUCUGAUACUCAACGUGGAUCAGAUUCAUUGUCACUAUGUGACCAUUGGGAGACUGCAGCAUUGGCACAGUCAGAAAAGCCUUUGACAGGAUUGGACCUGUUGUCUACUGUUGACGGAAGAGCUUCCAUUGAUCCAAAUGAGUUGAGUCACGGCAGAGGCAAUGGAUCCCUCUGUGACCUAAUCAGUGACACUGAAAGUGUAACCCAUGAAACACACAGCCAUGAGGCUGACAUGGAACCGGAUGUUAAGCCCAUUGAGAACCAAUCCACUGGUUCACUGUUGAUCGACUUUGAUCGGACCUCACCACCAGUUCCUGUUGGUGACCUUGGAUUGGAAUGUUCUGCAGGAGGGAGUUUGGGAAUUACGAGCCUGUUGGAGCUGGAUAUAUCAUUUCCAAAUGGGACAGAGCUUGAUCCGCAGCAAGUACAAAAUGUUAAUGCUAGAACAAGAGACACUGAAUGUGCUAAUGGUUUCCAGCAGGAGAAUGCAUUCAAGGAAACUGGGCCUCAAGAGGGGGAGGGGCCUGAAAACGUAGGGGGACAUUUUGGGGAGCAGUUGACUGAGCCUGACUGUACUAAAGAGUUGUCAACUGUCUCAGAGUUAACCAAAGAGAACAAUUUUGUAGCUACAGGCUCGACUGAAGAUGAUGACAGCACCGACCAAAGCGAGAGCUUGGAGGAUUGCAGUUGGGCCAACGCAGCCACGGGAACAGAGUUGAGCAACACGACCGCUGCUACAGCCAGUGAGCCCGAGGAGAUUGAUCCAAGGUUACAUGUUGAAAAAGAACUUUUAAAAGUAAGAUAUACGUGCAAUGCUGGAUUAACAAAAGACCAUAAAAAAACAGAAGUUUGCGUGAAUAAUUCUACCAAAUCCACUGAAGCCCAUUAUUCACGAAAUUGUUUAGUUCCAGAGCAGGAUUCACAGCUUUACCCACCUCAAAAGGAAGUAAUUGAAAUAGUGGACAAUGGUACAAAUGUGUGCACAGUGAAUGGGAAAGCUGUUCACUUGAGCUCCGAGUCGCAGGAUCGAGAUUUGCCAUUUAUGGAUGAUAUCGAUUGUGAUCUAGUGCACACUGGAGAUAUCUCUCCUGAGGAGAGUAUAGGUUUGGAGAGUGAUGAGAAGCCCGAGGAAAGGGCAGAAGCAUUUUGUGACACAGAGGGAGAACAGCACGAAAGAACUCAAAAUUAUUCAGGUGAUGAUGAUGUUGUAAACAUGCCAAUUAAUCCAUUUGAGGAAAUAUUGACUGACACAGGUGACGUGGAGACCAUGACGACUCCUGCUUUAACUAAUCACGAAGAUUUUCCAAUUGACUUUUCACUUAAUAACAUCCUUAAAGAUGGGCUUGGUGAUAUAACCGAUAUGGUUAGUGAUUCCGAGCUUGAUGCAUUCUUAAUGGAGCAAGAUAUGAAUGAGUCUGCGGUAGAGCCUUCAGUUAAUGGCUUUUUAGAGCUAAACUUAGGCCGAAGUGGUUCACUUGAGCCAGGUGUUUCUUUCAGUCUUCCUAAAACCACUGAUUCGAGUUGUAUAAGUCUGCAUCCCCAGGUAGAGACUGCUCCUAAAUCAGCUGAACAUGAAAAAGGGAGAUUGGCAUUAGAUAUUGGGAAUACUUUAUCUCCAGCAGAAAAUGGUGUGAUAAGCCCUGCUGUAAAUGAUACAGUGUCUGGGGCAUCUACAGCUAAUGUGGCAGCCAGGAAUAUAAACAAUCAGAAAUUGUCCUCAAGUGACUCUGGUCAAGUGGCCGACUAUAGCCCAGUUCACAAGCAAGUUAAUUUUGGAGGCGCUAGACCCAAACAACGUCUGAAUGUCUCACCCAGAAUCACGCCAACUACAGAACUCAGUGAUCCAGGUACCACCAAUGCUGAGGAUGUUUCAAACAACUCAAAGCUGUAUAUUGACACAAAAGGUGCUGUUGCUGAUGUAGUCCAAAGCCCUUCAAUUUUGAGUCCCACUUGCAGCUUCAGCAUUAUUACAGAAGAUGAGACUCAAGUGUUUGGACCUUCUUAUGAUUGCAUAACAAAUGACGAUUGUGAGGGAAAUGCAGCAGAAACAAUGUGUUUACCAGAACAGUUGAUGAGGGAAGCAGCAGCACUGGGCCAGAGCCAACCACAAUGGAUACCUGAUUCCAAAGCUCCAAACUGCACAAAAUGCCAAGCUAGAUUCACUUUCACAAGACGGAGACAUCACUGUAGAGCGUGUGGGAAAGUGUUCUGUACUGGCUGUUGUAAUCAAAAGUGUAAACUCAAGUACUUGGAAAACAAAGAAGCUCGGGUUUGUGUUGUCUGCUUUGAGACCAUACACAAAGCUCAAGCAUUUAAGACAAUGAUGAGCCCAACUGGUCCAAGCCCUAACCCUAAUAUCCCAUCAGAAUAUUGUUCCACAGUUCCACCUCUGCAGCAAGCUCAGGCAUCUGGCACCCUCGCCUCCCCUCCCCUCACUGUCAUGGUACCCACUUCGGUACUAAAACACCCAGGAAAUGAAAGCACAGGCACCAAUCCUAGAGAGCACAAAAGGGUAUGGUUUGCUGAUGGCAUUUUACCAAAUGGCGAGGUGGCAGACACCGAAAAAUUGACAGCAACUUCGGCAGCUAUUAUAGCCAAGAGAACAUCACAAGAUUCAAGCCCUACAAGUCCAAUAGCACAUGAACCAAAAUCGCCUCCCUUUAGUAGCCCAGUCGACGAGGUACCUUCCUAUGAUGUCCAAAGCCAAGUGAGUGAAUUGAGGACUGAUCCAAAGGCAUUUCCACCGAAUCCAGCAGAAGAUUUCAAGCCUGACUUUACUGGCCCUAUAGACCACAGACUAUUGGCUACUGUAGGGAAGUCUGUCACUAAAGUCACCAGCCUUAUUCCAGAUGGUGAACAUGGAUUGCCUCCUGUUGUCAUAACAAUAGGAGAACAAGAAGGUCAUGUAGUGGAGGAGCAUCCAAAUCAGGGCCAGAUUAUGCUGCUACUGGAGGAAGGAGGCCCUAAACCCUUAACAUUUGUGCUGAAUGCCAAUCUUCUGCUUAAUGUGAAACUGGUGAACUAUGCUGCAAGGAAAUGCUGGUACUUUGUAAGCAGUGGAUUGCAUGGUAUGGGUCAGGCAGAAGUUGUUGUUCUGUUGCUUUGUGAGCCUGAUGAAAGCACAAUUCCCAAAGAUAUCUUCAACUUCUUUAUCACAAUGUACCAAGAUGCAUCUAAAGGAAAAUCCAUUGGAAACUUAGGAAACAUUUCUUUCAUGGAAAGUUUUCUUGGCAGUAAAGACCACGGUGGAUUCCUGUUUGUUGAACCCACAUUCCAGUCACUGGAAGAUCUUCCACUGCCGGACAGUCCAUUUUUGUUUGGAAUUCUCAUUCAGAAACUUGAAGUACCCUGGGCAAAGGUGUUUCCUAUUCGACUCAUGCUAAGGCUUGGAGCAGAGAAUAAUGUUUACCCUUGUCCUCUGGUGAGUGUCCGAACCCGGAAAGCACUCUUUACAGAAACAGGCCACACCAUCAUGAACUUGCUGGCAGAUCUUCGAAAUUACCAAUAUACUCUGCCCACUAUUGAGGGUUUAGUGCUUCAUAUGGAGAUGGGGAAAAGCUAUAUUAAGAUUCCAAAGAGAAGAUACAAUGAGGUCAUGAAAGUGGUGAACUCUUCAAAUGAGCAUGUAAUUGCAAUGGGCAUGUGCUUUAGUAUGGCGGCUGACUCACAUCUGGUUUGCAUACAGAAUGAGGAUAGAAGUUAUCAAACACAGGCAAACAGUGUCACUGGAAAAUCCAGAAAAGUUACAGGAGCCAGUUUUGUUGUGUUUAACGGAGCUCUGAAAACCACCUCAGGAUUUAUUGCUAAGUCCAGUAUCGUUGAAGAUGGACUUAUGGUGCAGAUUACUCCAGAGACAAUGGAGGGUUUAAGGCAAUCUCUAAAGGAGAAAAGAGACUUUCAAAUUAUCUGUGGAAGAUUGGAUUCAAGUGAUGUGAAAGAAUACAUGAAUAUUCAAUGGUUGGAUGGUGAAAAUCCUGUAAAUAAAGGUGUUAUGAGCCCUAUUGAUGGUCGGUCAAUGGAAGGAGUUCCUAGCAUCAGAGUCUUGCAAGAAACAGAGUUUGAAGCAGAUGGUAUUGUCGUCAGGUGUACAGAGGUGUUCUUUUUGCAAAGAAAUCAUGACCCGCUCAAUCCUAACAUUCCACCUGCACAGAAUCAGUUGACCAAAGAGAUUGCUACUGCUUGUUGUGCCGCUCUAUGUCCUCAUCUGAAAGUCCUUAAAGAAAUCGGAAUAAACAAACUGAGUCUCAGGGUCUCCUUAGACACUGACAAGGUUGAGUAUCAAGCAGGAACAAGGGGUCAGCUUCUUCCCCAAAACUAUAUGAAUGACCUGGACAGUGCUUUAAUACCAGUUAUUCACAGUGGCAGUUCUCAUGCCAGCAGUGGGCCUCUCGAAAUGGAAUUGUUUUUCUUCCUCCUGGAAACCCUUCUCUGAACAGGACGGGGAGUGCAAAUAUAUCAGGAUCCAUUAGCACAGAUAUCUCCCCCUUCGUUUGCAGAAAUGGAGUGAUAAAAUGUUGGGGUUUUGCAGAGGAAACUGUUUGAGUGCUCUCAUGCCACUCUGAGACUUCUCUGAGAAAAUGCAAUAAUUCCUUUUGUAAAGUAAUCUCAUAUAGUUCUGUAAUACAGUAGCUUCGAGGCCAAGUUUCAGUCUCUGUGAUGAAACCGUUAAGAUUUCUGGUGUUGUGUGGCAGGGGAAACCUACAUAUGGACAUGUACACUGAUGGACAACCCUCUCUUUGGAGUCUCAGAGAAAUGAAAUCCAUUUGGGCAAAGCAAUGUGAGAAGAGACAGGAGGAGAACCAUAUGUUAUGGCGAGAAAUGUAGCAGUAGCAUUGUUGCCUUGUUCACCCCUUCACAACUUUUCUUUCCAGUUCCAGCAUCCCCUCAAGCUCCAUAUAACUUAAGAAUAGUAUACAAAAAUAUGAAACUAGCAUUAAUUUUAAUCUAAAUAUUUAAUACCAAAUACUGCUUGUUUUCACAAAUACGUUUUGGGUUGAAAGUACAUCAAAGGGUAAACAACUUUGAUGAUAAAACUGGUUGCAAUUUUUUUUCUUAUUUGCAAAGACUUUUUAUAGCAUAAAUCCACAUUAAUGGCUUUUUGCACAAGCUAUGGUGGAAAUGAAGAAGGUAAUUGGAUGAAUACAAUUGAAAGCUCAAACCUUUGCCUAGAAUUUCAUGCACACAGUUGCUGUACAGAUUCUCCAAAUUUAGGUUUGUCUAAAUUUAUGGCUAAAAGUGGAAUUUUUAUGGAAUUUUGGUGCAUCAAAAGAAACCAUGAAACUGGGUUUUUUAAACAAACAAAUCACUAUUAUGGCAGGUAGUAAGUUAGAAGUUGGUGGAUCAGAAACCCAAGGCCAUUAAAUUUGUUUUGCUAAGUAGAUUAAUUCAAGGAAAUAGUGGCAAUGAACACUACAACAAAUGUAAUUUAUAUUUAAAAGAUUGUAUAGUGAUAGGAAUGUUUAGAGUUCAGCACCUUUCAGGACACGUAAAUGGGAUUCUACUGUGGCUGGUACCUGGAAAGAGGAAGAAAGCCUGUAUAUUUGAAUAGAGCAAAUAAACAACAGUAUUUUUUUUUAUUUGCAAAGAGUUGGAAAUGAUUUGCAAGUUAGGCAAAUUAUCUCUUCUCCCUCCCUUACAGUGAUGUGACUUAUUCUGAUAAUCAGUGGAUAGGGGAACAAAAAACCUCAUAAGAUCCACCAAUUACUGUAGUAUUUCUGUCAAGAAAUCUCAUUCAGUUGAGCAAUGAACAGCUCCGCAAGCCAUAAUAGGAAAAUUGAGUCUCUCACAAUCUGAUCAGAAAAUUUCAUACAAUUCUUGAUAUUCCCAAGAUUGGGGAUAUGGUUCUGUAAACGAGUGGAUGCCAUUCCUUAGAGAUAUUGACCUUUACAUAUGUUGAAUGCAUUGGAAACGUUAUAAUAGCACAAAAUAGAAAUGUGUUCCAAGGAAUGUACACACUAGUUAGGAAUGCUCAUUGAAAUGUAAUGAAUGGCUAAGAUUUUCAGGAAUGUUUGAAUUAAUUGAAAUAGUAUUUCCAGCCUAUUUGUCUUUCAUACCCAGUUUUUAUUGAUUUUAUAAAGUAAAAGUGGGAAGAUAUUAGUUUCAAAUAGAGUACAAUCAGUUUGAGAAGAGUUGUGGUAAAAUGGAACCAAUUUUAAGGAACUUUUAAGUUUAUGAAAUUGGUAGUUCACAGACCAGUGGCUGCAGUGGCAGUAUCAGAACACUGUCUGUAAUUGUAUUCAGAUAAAGUAAUAUGCAAUCACUUUUCUACUAUAAGCCUUCUUUAUCUAACUAUUCCUUUGAAUCUUUGAAAAGCCAUUAAAAUGUAUAUUAUUUACUCAA